AUGCGUAUUUUCAGAGAAAUGUUGGUUGUAAGUGUAUUUGUCGUGUUGGUCAUUGCCGGCUUUGAGUAUUAUGAUUUUAAAUGGACAACGUUUAAGCAGGAUUUCAGCAUAGUCGGCUGUGGUAAGUCCUCAAUGAUGUUUAUUAUCAUAGAAUGAGGUUUAAAGUUUAGGUUAAUUAGUUGUAGUGUUGUUCUAUUAAUAAUAAUAUAUACAUGUGUACAGCUUACUCAUGCUAUCAGAGAUUUUAGCCCCAUUUAUGAACAGCUUUGAGAAUUAUCAUAAUUAUUAUGAAUGGACACCGCGUUUAAUAAAAAAAAUGUUGGUAUAAUGAUGACUGUAUCAGUUAUCAUUAACAUAUCAGAAAAGCAUUAACUAGUUCAAUUUAUUGUAUUAGCUAUAAAAGAUUAUAUAAUAACGUUAAGAAUUCAAGAGCUAUCAUUCUAGAACGAUUUUUUUGUGCUUCCCAGAUUAUGACGUCAUACUGUGUAUUAUAACUGAACAGACAACAGCAAAAUCUUAUCAACGAUUUGUUAACUCAAUAACAAAGUACUCUAUGCCGAUUUUACUAGUAUGUAUAGGCCGCAUAGUUUAGUUAUACGGACCAGCCUUAAGUACUAGAUAAAACAUAUGAGCAGCCGAUCUUUAUCUGAUAUACAAACUCGAUCGAGCCGAUGGCGAGAGUUUGUAUAUCAGAUAAAAAUCGGAUGCGAAUGUUUUAUCGCGCUUAAAAAGCGACCCAUCUUAUGAGUUUAUUGCCGAAGUAAUUUUAAAAAUAAACAUAGUCUAAGCCGAGAUUUUAUUUUAUGUAAAUCAGGACAAACUUUAUUCGAUUUACAAACAUUGAUUAAACAUUCAUUUCUUUUGUAUUUUCCUCUUUUUUUAUUUUUCUUUCGGCGUUUUUUAAUCGCAGAUAUGAUAAAGGUUCCUUGUUAUUAAAAUUAUACUCAUUAAUAAAAUUAUGAAAUACCUGGAAUGCACGCAAUGUCAUUUUACAGUAGAGCGCGGCAAAACGAAGACUCUCGUCACCCGAUCAUCCGUGCCAAAUCAAUUGAUGAUUCCCCUUGUUGCGUUUUCGUAUCGCUUUGCAUUGUGGUUGUAGUGGUAUCACUGAUAUUCAAGAUGGCUAAUUUUUUUGUCCUGACCCGUGCAAGAACUUUUAAAAAAAGCUUGCGUCUGGUGCGCGAUAGCGAACAGCAAAAUAUUGGCGAAAACAUUCAAUAUUUUCAUUCGAGGGCGCUAUCUUUAUCAGUGCAUGAUACCACUAUAACAACAAUGCAAAGCGCUACGAAAACGUAAUAAGGGAAAUCAUCAAUUGUAACACAGAAGAGUAAUUUCAAAAUUAUACAAAUAUUACUGAGCCAAAAAGCUAGCAGACACGGAGCUAAGUUUUUUUAAUGUUUUAAUACAGCAACUACGAGUUAAAACAUUUGUUAUCCAUUCUAUAAAACUUCUAAACGUUUAAAAAGUCAUUUAGAGAUACUCUCAAGUUUCUUGCAGACUGCAAAAAAUGACGACAUAAGCUUUCUACACGUUAUCGACUUUUGUAUUUGUCCGCUUUAAAGUAAUUUUAUCACAAUUAAAAAUAUUGUUCGAGUUAAAAGUUUUUUGCGUGAUAACUUUUUUGGAAAUUUUUAUGUUGUUUUCAAGUAAAAUUUUGAUUGUAAUUAUAAUAUAAGUGGGAUAUAACGGACAAUUUGAUUGGCUAAUGUGCGUGCGUUGUGACGCAAUAAUGGAAUGUGUUCCGUGGCACUGCCUUGCUCUUUUUGUGUCCCCUCCCCGCUUUAUCUGUGCUUUUUAGCCAAAUAUAAACAGCUAUAGAACUAUAAAGCUUUUAAAUUGAAAUACAAAAUGUAUCAGAAAGCAAGAAGGAAUAGACCAAAGGAACAAAGCAAUAUUAUCUAUAGUUCUACAUGUAAAAACAGUAUAAAAAUUAACUGACUUGGCCUUCGUCGAAUUUGUUUUUGUUCCGAAAAGAGAAAACUGUGCAAAAUAGUCGAGAUAAACUUGAAAAAGAUACAGGAAUAACAAAAACAUAGGAAAAAGGCAACAAAAACUGAACAUAAGUGAUUUAGAAAGUACCUUCAAUGCUUCUGAUAAAAACUGCUAGAUAUAUUUUCGGCAAAAGACAAAAAAUACAAUAAUUUCAAAAAUUGAAACUGAACAACACGACGAAUUUAACGUCCUUCAUGGCAAAUCCGGUAGCCCAAAUGCUAAAAAUCAUUAGCAGAUCAGUCUGUGUGUUAUUGGGGUUUCCCCCCCAGCAUUUUAAACCUUAACCGUUUCUCCGCAAUUUUAGCAUCAAAACUUUCUCAAAAUUUUGUAUUGUUUUUUCUCCUUCGCUUUCUUGAAAAUUCCAGCGACAGUAAGAGCAUGCGCGUGACGUCACCGAGUACAUGUUAGGAGAAUUUCAAAGUUGAUCUAUUGAGUAAAAUUGUUUACUAUGUAAUAUCUUCUGCUUAUAUAUUAUAAAAGAAAUAGACGAACUCGUCUCGUGCGUUUAUCGUGUGAUAAUGCACUCGGGGAAUGUUGGGAGAGCACUCGAGAAGCGUGUAAAACACUCGGCUACGCCUCGUAUUUUACACGCUUCUCUCGUAUUCUCCCAACAUUCCCCGCGUGCAUUAUGACAAUAUGACACCAUCAACGCACUCGACUCGUUUUCCAUUUCUUAAAUAGUGCAUGACUAUGUGGAUAUCGACAGAAGAUGUUCCUUCCUUUCUUUCACUUUAAUGAUCCAAGCCCACAUCAGCUGAAAAGCAGGCGGGAAAUAAAUUGAACACACGCGAAAUUAUUGUGGAACGUAGUGAUCAGGGCGAAGUGAACCAUUAUACAGUACAGUAUGUACACUCCUUAAACACUGGUCAAUGCAAGACUCGAUAUAGCUUUUUGUUAUUUUGCUAGGGUGAACAGCUAAAGUGAUUGGCUGAUUGUGGUCACGUGGCUUUAGUAGUAUAUGACGCUGACAACACCAUAGAUAUAUUUUUCAGUUAUUUUCUAACCAAAGUUGAUAGGAGAUACUGUAUCUCACAUUAAGUUUAUUUCAUUUACUCUCAUGUGGUUAUCAAGACGACAUGUCUAUGCGGAGCAUCAUUGAUCUAGUAAUUCUCUCCCUUUCCAACCCGAACCCCACCCCCCACCCCGAAAAAAAUGUGUCCAAAAUGAAUAGUCCUUUUUAUAAAGGAGGGCUAAAUUUGAAUGAAUUUACCGUAAUUACCAAGUUAAUGCAUUGCUUUGAUCUUGUGUAGUUAACAAAACGUCUAGUGAAAAGGAGGUUGUGUCUCAACCAGUGAAAAUGAGGUUGUGUCUGGACGUGGAGGUAUACGUAAGAAUGGAGUUUCGCAACAAUUUUUCUCCUCUCUUUAUCAAUGCUGGCCUGGUCAUUGCGCGAAUUAUAUUCUGGAUGCGAAUUCGGUUGACAUGCAACAGAUCAUACUUCCCCUCUCCUCCUCUUCCGAGGAAAUUUUUCCGAAAUCAUUAUUCAGUAACCUGUUAUGCUAGUUUUCUUAACAUAUAUCAACGAUUGUCCUUUGCAAACUUUAAAUUCAACUUUAAAUCUUAAACUUUAAACUCUAAGCAUGCAAAGCGUAAUGAGAGCAUCAUUUAAUCAUUUUACAAAUCAUAUAUGGGGCACAUUUCUUAGAGACAUGGCAAAUAUCUCAUCAAGCGAACAAUUCAUUCACAAAUGGCUGUAAUAAUUAACUUCUGAACUUGAAACUUGUGUUCCCAUUAAGCUUUGCGCGCUUUGAGUUUAAAGUUUAAAGAUGAUUUUCCACUUCGUUCUGCACAUCAGUUCUGCUCAUAACAAAGGGAGACCCCCAUGCAGAUAUAAACAUUGCUCAACUUUGGCAUCUUUCGAAUUUUUUUUAAUUGAAACGUAGAGUUUAUAUUCAUUUACCAGCAUAGCGAACCAGGAAAGUGUUUUAUUUUACGAAUAAAGUGAUUCAAAACCUAAACAAAGUUCACGCAUGCGCACAUGAGUGGACAUCAUCUUUAAGGUUUAGAGUUUGGAAAAGGUUUGCAAAGGACAAUCUUUUUUGAAUUGGCUGUAUAACUUGAACACUGGCAUCUCCCUCACUAAUGAUGUCGUUGACGAUAAAAGCUUAGAUAUCGAAUAGAUAAUAAUAAAGACCUUUUCUAAAGUAUUUUAAUUAAAAGUCUAUCUUAUAUAACCGCAACUUAGGCCUCAUUCAAACCAACCCCAAACACAUUUAUACUAGAUAUAAUUUUCGAGGUGUACCAAGAUUUUGCCAUGUGAAAGUCCGAAACUCAACUGUCUCAUUUUUGUCGGACAUCCGUGCAAUGUGCAUGUAGAAGUACGCCACAGUAGUAUUUUUUAAUAUGUGCAGGGGAGAAAUAAAAUUUGUUAGACACGUUAUGGAAUGAUAGCUUUUUAACUCUAUGCCAUUUAUACUACAUGAAAUUUUAAUACGCUAGGAUUUUGAUCCAGCAAAUUGGUCUUAUUCAGCAAAUUUUCCGCCAGUACCGCAGGCUCGCAUUCUCUGCGGACUUCCGGUGAAAAUGAAUAUUAUGACUGCUCUAGGGCAAGCGGUGAUGAAAACCUAUUUAUACACAAUAAAUCUGAUGCUGCAUGAUUUCAACGGUGCAGUCAAAUCAGACUUUUUAGUUUAAACAGAGCUAGAUUGAAAGCUACACAGCUGCUAAUUAGCUCCUUGUCUUGUAUUUGAUAAAAUAAAUAUAAUACAGAAUACUAAGGGUAUAAAUACAAUAAUAAUAUGUCAUUAAAAUCUCUUUGUACAGGCGGAAAAGGAUAGCAAAAUGAAGAGGGAAUCGGUCAUUAAAGUGUGUCAAAAAUAUAAUGUAACGAAUGUCAUGGAACCGCCAGCUGAUAGCAAAGACCGAAAAAGGGCACGGCAAAGGCGCAACGUGCUUGAUCAUUUGCUUGUGAACAAAGAACACAAAGUUCUUUUUUGCUUUAUACCUAAAAUUAGCUGUACAAACAUACAAAGUAUAUUUGCGGUUAUGGAUGGAUUGUAUCCAAGUGUAGAAGAAGUCAAUGGUCCUAGGGUGCAUACACAAGUCGUACGUUUGUCAAAUAAAAAGUUCAAUGAAACGCAACGAGAGUACAUGCUAAAAAAUUUCUACAAGUUCAUGAUUGUACGAGAUCCUUUCGAGCGGCUUGUGUCUGGCUACCGAGAUAAAUUCCAACAUAACAACAGUAUCAAAUUUUGGGCACCUCUCGGAAAACGGAUAAUAAAGAAAUAUCGUUUUAAUAAUACUAAUUCAAAAACAGUUAUAACUGGACUUGAUGUGAGUUUCACGGAGUAUGUGCGUUAUUUGAUUAACAAUCCGUCUUGGGAGGUCAACGAGCAUUGGGUACCAUACGAAGACCUAUGCAGGCCUUGUGAGGUGAAUUAUGACUUCAUCGGCUCUAUCGAGAAUCUCAGUCGAGAUGUGACCCAUGCUAUGAAACAGAUACAUGCAAAUGAAACCAAGUAUCAUGUGAUGCACACCAGCGCUGCGCUAACCAAAACAAAACGAGAAACAGCAAAUUUUCUUAAAGAACUUUCCCGAAACUACUUUGCUCAAUUAUUGAUUGCUUUUAAAACAGACCACGAGUUAUUUGGUUAUCCUCUGCCCGAAUACGAUACAUUGGACAAGCGUUACCCCGCCUGA